AACUAUCGAUCUUCGCGUGCCCCCUUUCUUCGUCGCCCUACAGCGACUAGUGAUAGUGUUUUUCUUAUUUUCGUGCAGCCAGUUGAAAGAAAAUUAGUAAUUUUCGAAAUUUUAGAACUAGUGAAAAUAUGUCUCUUUCGAGUCUGUACAAGCGGGCGCUCGUGCGUUACCCGGUGCUGGUGCAAUCCGUUCAAUCAGGCUUGCUUAUGGGGAUCGGGGAUGUUAUCGCCCAAGGAUUUAUCGAGCGGAAGGACUGGAAAUCGUUCGAUGGGUUACGAACUUUCAAAUUUUUCAGCAUUGGAUUUUGCGUUGGAGGUCCUGGACUGCGGAAGUGGUACGGUGUGCUCGACCGGCACGUUGGCCAACGGGGAGGCAGCAAAGCGGUCACCACGCUGAAGAAGGUUGCCCUCGACCAGCUCAUCUUUGCACCGAUCUUUCUGGGAACGCUCAUCGGUACGAUCGGAUUGUUGCAGGGGAACAACAUAGGCGAGAUAAAACGCAAACUUCACCACGAGUACGGUGACAUUCUGCUGACAAACUAUUACGUCUGGCCGUGGGUACAGCUGGCCAACUUCUAUCUCGUGCCACUGAACUAUCAGGUGCUGCUGGUGCAAUCGGUGGCCGUGUUUUGGAACACGUAUUUGUCGUGGAAAACAAAUCAGGCAGAAUCUACGAAACCGCGGCUUGCACUGGCGCACGAUGCUAUCGCACCCGGCGAUGAUACUGUCGCCACGUAAAGCUCGUAUCAGCUAGAAAUUGACACGGACCGAGAACCAAGCUGGUUCUCACGAAGGCAGCGACUAUUGUGAUAUUGAUCGAGGCGAAAGAGGACGGAAGUCAUAUUUUUAGAAUACACCAAAGGUAGGAAAAGCUUCCCCUCCAUAGAAGACGGUUAAAACGGAGUUCCAUCCAUGGAACGUUGUGAAGAGAGAUAGGAACGCGCAGUCUUAUCUCUGAUUAGUGAAGUCACCUCUAGAAGCUACAAUUUGUUCCAAACUCCUCCAAACACAACAGUAGGUAAGCCUGUUUGUAAACAAUCGGCCCGAACACUUUCCGCACAUUACGAUUCACGUGUUUUAAACAGAGUGCCUAACACGUGCCGUCUUAGAAGCAUAGCUAAACGUGCCAUUGACUAACCGUGAUUGCAGGAAGUAAUUCAAAAUUACGAAACCAUCCUCGUUCGGUUUUAAUUGGAUUCUUGGUACUUGCAGUUGUUUGUUCGAGCAAUCAUGAGUGUGUGUAAAUGCACCAAAAUUGCCAUAGAGGUUAGUUUGAACGCUUAGGAUGCAGCAGAAACGUAAAGAUCUUUUCGUAGAAGAAAUCAAUUGUACUUGUGACUGCUUAGCCGUCCUUAUAGCAGUGCAUGACAGUAGCCAAAGUGGCAAAAAAGAACAUACUUGCCGAUGGUAAGUGCUAGUGCCCGUACCAGCACGCCAAGUGGAACAGUCAAACAGCUCCCCGUGACCUAGGGAUACUCCAAUUCCAUUUCUUAUCCUGCCAUUUUUUUGGCAUAACACGCAUAUGUUGACAAGGUAGUUAAUAAAAACUGUCCUUUUUCAUCGACUUUA